GCGGGGGCGUUGGGCCCGCCACGUUGGGCCCGGCCGUUCCGGCUGCCGCGCGGGGGUGCAGCAGGGGGUGGGGCUGGCUCUGCAGCCGGAUCCGGAUGCGGCUCCGUGAGCGGCCGGGAGACUGACGCGCCUGGAGGGGAGCGUGGAUCGCUCCGACUUUACUGGAAAGAUGAAACCCGAUGAAACGCCUAUGUUUGACCCAAGUCUGCUCACAGAAGUGGACUGGAGUCAGAAUACAGCCACAUUUUCUCCAGCUAUUUCUCCAACGAACCCUGGAGAAGGCCUGGUUUUGAGGCCUCUCUGUACUGCCGACUUGAAUAAAGGGUUUUUUAAGGUACUGGGUCAGCUGACAGAGACUGGAGCCGUCGGCCCUGAGCAGUUCAUGAGAUCUUUUGAGCGUAUGAAGAAGUCUGGGGAUUACUAUGUCACGGUUGUGGAAGAUGUGACCCUAGGAGAAAUUGUUGCUACGGCAACUCUGAUAAUAGAACAUAAAUUCAUCCACUCAUGUGCUAAGAGAGGGAGAGUAGAAGACGUGGUUGUCAGUGACGACUGCAGAGGGAAGCAGCUCGGCAAACUGUUAUUGUCAACUCUCACUUUGCUAAGCAAGAAGCUGAACUGUUACAAGAUCACCCUUGAAUGUCUACCACAAAACGUUGGCUUCUACCAAAAGUUUGGCUAUACGGUGUCUGAAGAGAAUUACAUGUGUCGGAGGUUCCUAAAGUAAAGGCCACCACCGAGACAGACAAUGCUGCAGGGCUUCACUGUUCAUUUUUGUCGCUGCAGCCUCACUGGCUGCAUACCUACCAGACUGGAAAGCCACUGUAGCAUGCCAGCGUGAGUGACACGAGAGCAGCCUGUGGCUGCUGGGACCUACUCUGAGUUAAGAGCACAAACGAGCAUAAAGGGGAUGACUUUUAACCAAAGGAAUAUAUUUUCAACGUGAAUCUUUUCUUGCAUUGUAUUUUUCUAAAAUUUGUCUUCAUUUCUUGGGUCAAAAGUAUGGGUAGUAAAGAGUUAUGUGUGCUCUGUGCUGCUCGGUUUUAAAUAUAUGUAUACAUAUUGAAUAAGGCUGUUUCUUAUCACAUAAAAUUAUUUUUGUCUCACAUCUAAACAGACUUAAGGGUACACCAUUUCUCACAUUACUGUACACAAAGUGGACAGUCUUAAAGAAGACAAUGUGACGGCAAUGUAGCUAAUAUUUACCAAGUGUUUGUGGAGAUCUGUGCAGACUGACCACCUGUCCCAUCUGUCAAAUGAUGUUAGAAUUAGCCAAGGGCAGACCUAGAGACCCAGGGUUCUUUUUCUCAGUGAUGAGUAGCUCUCAGCGGAGGUACUUUUACCUUGGUUUAUCAUGGGCAUCUGAGUCACAAAAUGACGUGUGGUACUGCCUUUGUUACAUCCUUAAAACAGUAGCUUUUCUAUUCGGUGUGAUUAUAAUGGUACAUAAUGGUACAAUUACUCUGAUCAUUGUCCUGUUUUAUUUAUUUUAAUGAUUUUGUAAAGUAGAAUUACUUUGUUAACAAUGGUUCUAAUCUUUUGCAUUCCAUGUUAUUACAUUAAACUUGUUUAUAUAACUA